AUGACAUAUCGUUAUCUAUGUAUCGUUAUUACUAUAAAUAUAUCUAUUUUUUAUAAUCAUCGUAAUUUUUGCCAAAAACAGGCUGAGUCGUCUGUUUCGAGACUUGGGCCUUGGCGCAGAUUGCCGAGAAUUUGCAUAAAUCGACCAAGAAUAAUGUAAAAGCGAGGAUCGACCGCUUCUCGGUCGUUUUUUCGCUUUGUUGAGCUCCAAAAAACGGUUGGAUUCGUGGAGCGACGCCUUUUGAGCGUAAGUUUUCUUAAGCGUUUCGCAGCUCGCGUCCUGACUUCCUCCUAGAUUAAUCUAUACAUUUUCAGGCUUCAAGAUGAUUGCCAAGACACUCCUCCUGCUCACCACCACCCUCUUCGUCGGCACGGACGCGUUUGGCUUUCUUCCCCAAACACAGUCGGCCGGAGCCAGAGGGAAGCUCUUGUGUAAUGGCAAACCAGCAGUCGGAGUUCAGGUCAAGCUCUGGAAUGACGCACGCAAGUUUUUUAUGCAAACUACAACUAGCUUCGUCUUUUACACCACGUUUGCAGUCAAGAUCUUUGAUUGAAAAAAUAAAAUUUUAUAUUUUAGCCGUUGAUGACCCAAUGGGUCAGACCGUAACCGACAGUAAUGGGACUUUCCUAGUGUACGGACAUUCCAGCGAGUUUUUCUUUGGAAAUAUCAGUCCCAAAAUCAACAUUGACCAUGAAUGUGAGGAUAACUGGGUAAGAAAAAUAGCAAGAAAAUAUUUAUUUUACACCAUUUAUAGCCAUGCAACCGCAGAAUCAGGAUCUAUAUUCCCGAGACUUACGUCAACGAAGGCGAUCGCGUGAAGCGGUUUUACGAUGCCGGAGUAAUCGAAUUGUCCGGAAAAUUCGCUGGAGAAGAGAGGGACUGCCUUAAUUAG